AUGGCAGGUCUUCUCGGCGGCGGCGGUGGCCAGCAGGGUCAAGGUCAGCAGGGCCAGCAGGGAGGUCUCGGCGACCUUCUCGGAGGUGUAACGGGUGCCGUUGGUCAAACAACCCAAGGCCUCGGUCAGGGCCUCGGGCAAACCCUUUCGGGCGUCGGUGGUGCAGUCGGCCAGACCACCCAGGGUGUUGGCGAUGUUGUCGGUGGAGCAACAAAGGGAGUCGGCGGCGCGUUGGGCGGCGGACAGCAGCAACCCCAGCAGGUUCCUCAACAAGCAGGCCAACAAGUUCCUCAGCAGGGCCAGCAACAGAUUCCUCAGGGUCAACAACCCCAGCAAUACUCGCAACAACCGCAGUGA